CUUGACUAAUGGUCCAUUGGUGAAUUAUAUGUCUUUCUUGUAGGGCCAUAAACCAAGACCAUUAAGUGAUUUAUAAUCCUCAAAUCUUUGAAAACUUCUACGCAUUCACUCGCUUGCUCUACUUCUCUAGCUUUCUGAUCGUGAUUUUCAUCUGUGUACAUGUUUUCUUCUUCCUUGCAUCUAUCAUAGAAAUUAAGAAUGACCUUGAGAUUUCAGGUUUGGGGAUUUGUGUAAGACUAGAAAGGGAGAGUCUAUGGAUUUGGGAGUAAUCUGUAGUUAUAGGAUUGUAUUUUGUUCUGCUUGUUGACUGACGAAGCUGGGUUUCUACACAGGACCCUCUGUGCAAUUUUCAUGUUACAUGUUUAUUUGUUGAAAAAGUUUAUACUUUUUGGAGGCCAGUUGCAAAAUUCAAUAGUUUUUGCAGAGCUGUUAGCAUGUAGGAGUGGUUUUGGUGUUGGUUUGAUGGAAGUAUGACAACUUCUUUCCACACUUUGAACCAUCCUUUCCGCAAAUUGGGCUUUGUAAAUACACAUAAAACCCUCUACAAGACAAGGAGGAAUCAGGGUUUAGCUCUAGCUCUAUCCCCAGUUCUCUUGCAAACUAGGAAGUUUCCAGAGUAUAAGAAGAAUUCUGGUUUGAGUACCGCAUGCAGCAAUUCUUUUCUGGGUCAACCAAAUACAAUUGGUAUAAUUGGAGGGAAAUCUGUCGAUUCUACUGUUAUUUUUCUGAAAAAACUAUUUCACUGGAGUAAGAAUGGAGAAAGUUGCCCUCCUUUUAUUCUAUGCUCUGAUCCUGUGUUAAAUAAAGAGCUGUUAUUCACAGAGAGAAGCUCCUUACCUUGGCUUGACAGUAAAAAUGAACGAACUAAACUUGAUCCUACUUCAGUUGUGGAGAAUCUGAGGAGUAAGAGGAUUUAUCUUGAAAAUUCUGGUGCUCGUUGCAUAGUAAUGCCUUGUCAUAUUUCACAUUCUUGGCAUAAUGAAAUAUCUGAUGGAUGUUCUGUUCCUUUCCUCCAUAUGGGUGAGUGUGUUGCCAAGGAGCUCAAGGAAGCAAAGUUGAAGCCACUUGAAGCCAGGAGUCCUUUGCGGAUUGGAGUGCUUGCUACAAAUGCAACUUUGACAGCAGGAUUCUAUCAGGAGAAACUGAAAAGGGAGGGAUUUGAGGUUGUGUUGCCAGAUAAAGCGACCAUGGAACACACUGUCAUCCCUGCUAUUGAAGCUUUUAAUAGAAAAGACAUAGAGGGGUCACAAAAUCUUUUGAGGAUUGCACUCCAGGUUCUUCUGGUGAGGGCUGUGAACUCUGUGAUUCUUGCCUUUGAUGAUAUGCAUGAUCUCCUUCCCCGAGAUGAUCCUCUUAUUAAGAAAUGCAUUGACCCUAUGGAUGCAUUGGCCUGGUCAACCAUAAAAUGGGCUACAUCUGCUGAAAAAGGUACAUGAAAAUACAGUUCCUCGGGAAUCUAAAUCUGUAUUUCUAUCAUAAGACCUCCAUUCUUAAAUAUUGUAUUAUGUCAGGGAAAUGUGUGUAGAAUAUUUUCCCCUAUAUUCAAUUGCUUAUUUAUUUAUUCAUAUAUUUAUUUAUUGCCCAUUUAA